AUGAGCGAGUGUUCGGGUGCUGCCGUGUCCGGGGCGGUGAUCCUGGAGGAGCCCGAGGGCCCCGCCGGGGCCUCGGGCCAUGGGGAGGGCCAGGGCCAGGGCCAGGACCAGGGGCCGCUACGCUGUGGCGGGUGCACCCUUUGGCCCCGCCAGCAGACGUGGCUCUGUGUGGUCCCACUGCUCAUCGGAUUCAUCGGCCUGGGUUUAAGCCUGAUGCUGCUGAAAUGGAUCGUGGUGGGAACCGUGCGGGAUUACGUGCCGACAGACCUGGUGGAUGCUAACAGAAUCGGCCAGGAUCCCAUUUUCCUGUCCAAGCCCAGCGGGAUUCCCAAAAUCCCUGAGACCACCACCACCACCGCCGCUUCGGCUGUCUCGGUGGCAAAAGGCCGGCCUCGCUCCCUCCCCACCACCACCAUGAACCCGCAGGGAGGCGGAGCUUCAGGUAGUCAGGUAACCCCCCGGAUCCCGGGCAGCCGCAACGAGCGCGUGCCCCCCAUCAUGGGGGCGGGCCCCGCCACCUCCAAAGCCACGACCACCGUGGGGGAAACCACAGCCAGUUCCUCCUUGUCCAACCCCACCGUGCUCAAUGACUCCACCCAGAUGUGGACGCAGGAGAAGACCACCACCCAGAGGGUCUCCACCACGCCUGCGGGACGGAUGCACGGCCAUCGCAAAACACCAGCCUCUCCCACCGUGCCACCUCUGCGGUCGGAGCACUUCAAGCCGUGCCACGAGCGGGACCUGACCUAUUGUCUGAACAGUGGCGAGUGCUUCGUCAUCGAGACACUCAGCGGCCCUCACAAGCACUGCAAAUGUAGAGAAGGAUACCAGGGCAUCCGCUGCGACCAGUUCCUCCCCAAGACCGAUUCCAUCCUGGCCGACCCAAAAGAUCACUUGGGCAUUGAAUUCAUGGAGAGCAAGGAGGUGUACAAGAGACAGGUCCUGUCCAUCACAUCCAUCGCCAUGGCGAUCAGCCUCCUGGGCACCCUGUGUAUGGCCCUCUACUGCCGCAACAAGAGACGCAGGGAGAAGCUCCAGGCUCAUAUAAAGGAGAGCCGCAUCGUGAAGAACUACAGCGGCCACGCGGCCAGCGCCCUGGACCCUAAGGCCAGGACACCCGCCAACAACAUGCAGAUGCACAAGUUUUGUAAGCAGUCCAACCAUUCUCCACCCCGGGUUGGAGUCUGUGAGUCAGGCUUUGCAAACUCAAAGAGAAAAAACAUGAGCAAGGAAAGAGGACCGACCAAUCACCACAGCCCAGACCAGAGAUCCCGCGCCGCUCAUUGGUCAGCUCCUCGCAAGACAUCGCCCAUACCCAAGAGGCUGAAUCCAAUUGGAGGAUCCAAAUAUUCGGGCCCCUCCUACCAACACCUUCAGGAAGUAGAGACAUCUGAGAGAGAAAUUGAUGUGCAGAAGGGAUACCAGAUGCAGCCAGAGAACUCCAGCAAUGACCCGAGGCAGGACAGCUUUCUACGUAUGCAAGUUCCCGUUUCCAGGGAAACCACGUUGUCGACGGCGGCAGCGCUGUCCUGGCCGGGGCAUGAGGCGGCCUGCUCCGCCAGGCUGCCCCAAGACCGGACCCUCACCGGCCACAUCCGGCCCCCCCGCCCCUCUACACCUCCGACCUCCUUUCGCUCCUGCUCCGUUCCCAUCAUCCCGUCCGUCCAGUGUCACCAUGACGACGAGGUGUCCUGUAUGCAAACCAGCCCCGGCCUGCACUCCUCUAGCGCCGCCCCAUCGGCCGUGCUGAUCCACUCUCCCGCCAACGCCACGCCUCGUCCCGGAGAAGUGAAAGCACGCGAUGGUUCGCGUUAUUCCCCCUGCUCCGCUGCCAUUGGCCAGAAGCAGGACGAGGUCACCCUGGUGUUGGAGGAGGCCCAGCAGCAGCUCCGCGCAUUGGCUCUGGCGCAUAAGAAGGAGGAAGAAAGCCUAAGCAACAGUUACAACGGGUCAUUGGUUGUGUUUGUGGAGGCCAAGGAAACUGUUUGCUUCUUGAGCCCUUAUGGGGGUGGUUCCGGUGCAUUGAGUUGUAACGGACCAACAGAGACCCAGUUACUUAGCCACAAUGUAUCACACAGAGACUUGGGGUACACUGGCCAAUGAAAGGACAGGAUUUAGGCUAUUCCCUUUUUUGUUUGACAGUAUUUGACAGACUGGUGUUUUUGUCUCAAAAUGGCAGACAUUUUUGCAUCAAUGGGACAGAAUGGACAAUAUUGAACUGUGAAACAUUUGAUUGAUGGUGAAUCUGGUAUUGUGCUGAUGUUAUGCAUUCUGUAUGUAUACAUAGAAACACUGGGGAGGCUGCCCCCUCGCCGAAUUACAAUAUGGAAAAAGAAAAAACAUAUUUACAUGCAUUUAUUUAAAAAUGAGAGACACUUCUGCUUAGACGAAAACAAACCAAAUAGUCUGUCAACUCCAUGGUGUUUUUAAUUGUAAAAAGAAUAUAUAAAUAUAUAUAUAUAAAUAUAUAUGGAUAUCAAUAUAUGGAAUUCAAAAAGUGACCAAGUACAGAGUUGAAGAACAGAAGAAUGAUUUAAUUUUGUUUCAUUUCUUGCCUUCUUAUUGGUAAUAACCACUUCACAUUUUCUGACGUGGUUAUGACCUUCAAUCUUAAUGUAUCCCCAUUAAAUUGCCCUUCCUGACAACACUUCGAAUCAAACUUCUGUGAGCCACAGGACAAAAUGGCCGUUGAUGCAGGUGCCCCCCAAAGACAAAUGGCCCUUCAUGCCUUUCAAACUUUGUGUUGCGAAUGAAUUUGCAAUCUCCUGUGGCAACAGGCAUCACCUUGGAUUUGCUGUACAAAAUAAAAGUUCCCUGGAUGAAAGAAGCAGUGAUGGAAAUGAAAAACUAUAAAGAAAAGAUGGAAGAGAAAAAAACACACAAAAGCAAUGGACUUCCACAGAGACUUUGAUUUGGGAAUGCUGAUUGCCAAUCAAUUGUAGUUUAUUUUACAAGUUCACACACAAAUGCACAUGCCCCAUAAACUGCUGUCGAGUGUGCUUGUACCCAAGGGGUAUGUUUAUUCAUGAAUGGCAGGAAGGAGGGACUAAUGGAGAGACAGAGGGCUAUUUGGAAACGAGGAGUUGUAUCUGCCAUAGUUUAAUUUGUUUUGUUUUUUUAUUGUUGGUAUCAAUGCUGCUUUCAGGGGCUGGUGGGAGGGCAAAACACAAGGAUUGGGAGAU